AUGGCUGCCGCACUUCAACCGCCUUCCCUGCCGUAUAUUAGGGACGAGGCCUCGACAUCCCAACAACUCUCGUACCCGGCAUACCCGCAUGACGAGUACGACCAUGACGUCGACCAUGACGGCGAUAUGGAGGACGACGAGGUUGAUAGCGUUGCCGCGUUCCAGUUCUGGACUGCCAAGCGACACAUGGGCCGCAAGGGCAAGAACAAGGCCGACGAAGAGACUGCUCUCCCGUGGCGACUGCGGUCACGACUCAAGACUGUCAACGCGGGCCUGUUUCUGUGCUUGAACAUUGGGGUCGACCCACCCGAUAUUGUAAAGACCAAUCCGUGCGCAAAGACCGAGUGUUGGGUAGACCCCUCAACCCUUCCCUCCAAUAAAGCGAUAGAGGCUAUAGGAAGAAACCUUCAGAUCCAGUUCGAGACCCUCAACCCCAAGGUCCGCUACAAGACAUCGUUAGACCCGUCCAUUGAAGAAACCAAAAAGGUGUGCGUCAACUUGCGCAAGAAUGCGCGUGACGAGCGCACCCUCUUCUACUACAACGGCCACGGUGUGCCAAAGCCCACCAAUGGUGGAGAGAUCUGGGUGUUCAACAAGACCUACACGCAGUAUAUCCCUGUGAGCCUCGUCGACCUGCAAGAGUGGCUCGGAAGCCCCUGCAUCUAUGUUUGGGAAUGUUCAGGUGCCGGCAGCAUUAUCACCAACUUCAAGCAGAGCGCUCGGCGCCGUGACGAAGAGCUCCGCGCGGCUCAGACUGCCAAUGGUGGCGGCAACGACUUCCCAGGCUCCCUCUUCUCCGAGUCAAUCCACCUCGCACCCUGUGCAGCAAACCAGGUGCUGCCAAUGUCACCCGAUCUGCCAGCAGACCUCUUCACCUGCUGUCUUACGUCGCCGAUCGAGACUGCGCUCCGUUUCUUUGUGCAACAGGAUCCCCUGAAGCGCAACCUCAACCGCUCAAGCGAUGACCCUCGCUCACGGUUGACCGUCGACAUGGUGAUGAAGCUCCCCGGUGACCUCAAGGACAGGAGAACGCCGCUCGGAGAGCUGCAAUGGAUCUUCACUGCCGUCACCGACACCAUUGCCUGGCUCUCCUUCCCUCGCGACACUUUUAUGAGGCUGUUCCGACAGGACCUUCUGGUCGCCGCGCUGUUCCGCAACUUUUUGCUGGCUCAGCGUAUCAUGACGACCUACCACUGCACGCCCAUGUCCCACCCAGAGCUUCCCUCCACCCACAACCACCCCCUGUGGGAUUCUUGGGACCUCGCUGUUGACGGGUGCUUGGCCCAGCUCCCCGAGCUUCUCGACCUCGAGGCUGCGCGCGAGGCUGGCGAGUCGAAUGCCCCACCUCUCAGCACCUACCGCCCGUCCCUCUUCUUCGCUCAGCACCUCCAGGCCUUCGAGGUGUGGCUUCAGCACGGCGGCGGCGCCAAGAGCAGCAAGCUGUCUGGAACUGUCACGCGCAAGGAGCCUGAACAGCUGCCCAUCGUCCUCCAGGUGUUACUCUCUCAGGCUCACCGACUGAGGGCGCUUAUCCUGCUCUCGCAGUUUGUGGACCUGGGACCGUGGGCUGUCAACAUGGCUCUCUCGAUCGGUAUUUUCCCCUACGUCCAAAAGCUGCUGCAAUCACCAGCUGCCGAGCUCAAGCCCGUCCUCAUCUUCAUCUGGGCCCGUAUUCUGGCCGUCGACAAGUCGUGCCAGAUGGACUUGCUCAAGGAGAACGGUUACAACUACUUUGCGCAGAUCCUCGCCCCUUACCCUGUCUCAGGCCAGCCGCUUGUCAUCCCCAACGCCAACGAGCACCGCGCGAUGUGUGCCUUUAUUCUCGCCAUGCUGUGUCGCAAUUUCCGUGCUGGACAAACCGCAUGCCUGUCGUACCAAGUGUUCGACCAUUGCCUGACCCGCUUGCAAGAGGACGACUGGCUCCUGCGAACCUGGUGUCUCUUGUGUAUUGCUCAAAUGUGGGCCGACAACGACGAGGGCAAGGCCAUGUGUAUGUUGCACGGACGGCAAGAGCACAUGAUGGCCACUCUGCGCAACACCUCGGUCGAAGUUCGUGCUGCUGCGUUGUACGCCUUUGGCACCUUCCUCGGCGCCUCGAGCGCUCCCAUUGACGCUGCUGAGCUCAAGGGUGGUGGCGGCAUGGGCGCACAGCUCGGCAUUUCGGAGCACCAGCAGCUCGAGGUGGAGGCUGGGCUCGCCUACGCGUGCAUGAUGACCGUCAAGGAAGACGCAAGCCCAAUGGUUCGCAAGGAGCUCGUCGUUGUCAUCUCCUGCAUUGUGCGCGAGUGGCGCGGAUGGUUUGUCGCGGCCGCCUGGUGCUACUACGAGCAAGAGGCCGCACUUGCCGGUUCCAACGCCGGUUCAGAGGACGAGGCCGACAUUGUUGCUGAGGCCCUCGAGCACUGGGUAUCGACCGAGGCGCUCUCGCCCGAGGCGCACCAGGUCAACCUCACGCUCUUGAGCUCGUUCAAGACGCUGUUUGAGACCCUCCUCGACCUCUCAGUCGACCCUCACCCCGAGGUGGCCGGUAUGGCCGCCACUGUCGUCGACUACAUCGUGGCUCUUCUCCUUGGUUCGGCGUUCAACCAGGUCCCUGGCACCGCUCUCAAGGGCCUCAACAGGCCCAAGGUCGGCCCCCGCUUCUCCCAGGCCUCCUCUCCCGAGGUUCCUCGGACGCCCACCACCGACCGCCACAGCCAAUAUGCCACCUCACAAAACUCUCCCGCCGGCACGCCAUCUGGCAGCUUGAAGCGCAACUCGUCUGUCGCAGGUGCCCUCAGGAGUCUGGCCAGCAUGACUGGUUGGCUGCCCGCCGAGGCCCCACAGCCCGCCGACACGCCCGUGGAGCCUGUGACUCGUACCGACAUUGAUGUGGCCCAGAGUGGCGCCCAGUUCUACAAGUCGCCCUACCCAGGCUCCAGCCACGAGCUCAUCCUCCCGGAGGGUGCCCAGCGUGGUUCUGGCAUGGGUGUCCUCGGCACGCGCAUGCAGCACAGCAUGGACAAGCCCCCCGUGCAGGCUGUUUCUGUCAUCGAAGCGCUGGUGGAAGAGGACAUGGAGCGCCUGCGUCACCGUCGUUUGAGGGGUACCCAGGCUGGCGGCGGUGCCGAUGGUCAGCUGAACAACAACGGUCUUGCGCGACCAAACGACCUUGGCCUCGGCAUGGUCGCCAUGGAGGUCAAGGAUGACGUCGUGCCCCUGCGCAGCGGUUUCUUCGACUGGGCGGUCGAGUACUUCCGCGAGCCCCAGAUGAAGGCCCCCGACAACGAAGAGCCCGGAAGCGUGACGUACAACCAGCAAGCAUGGCGUCAUCUGCGAAACGAGACCCAGGUGGAGCGUUCUCGUUCCAACGAAGACUAUGCCGCCCACCACCGAUGGGACACGGACGCCGGUACACUGCACAACGACGCCUGGCCCCUCCAGCUGGCGUUCCACGCGCACGAUCCCGUGCUGGCCGUCACGGACGACGAGGACAAGAUUUGCAUCUGGGACUGGAAGGCGAGGACAAAGGUCAACAAGUUUAGCAACCAAAACCUGGCCGGAAGCAGCAUCUCGAGCAUCCAUUUCAUCAACGAGACGGCAUCGUCACUGAUGUUGACUGCAUCUACCGAGGGCAGUAUCCGUAUCUGGCGCGACUAUGACCAACCGGGAGAGACCGAGCUGGCAUCCACAUUCCGUGCCGUGUCGGACAUCUUCCCCGUGGGCCACCACAGUGGCGUCCUCACUGCCUGGGAGCAGCAGAAGGGUCACUUGCUGGUAGGCGGCGACAUGCGUGUCGUGCGACUGUGGGACGCCACUGUCGAGCGCCACCUGCGCGACAUUGCCACCCAAGCAGGCUCCAACCUGACUGCCAUUGCCUCUGACGAGCCCGACGGAAACGUGUUUGUGGCUGGAUUCGGCGACGGCGUGGUGCGCCUGUUUGACAAGCGUCUCGACGACCCGUCCAACGUCGUGCUGCGUACGUGGCGCAAGCACCACACCUGGAUCCAGUCGGUCCACCUCCAGCGCGGUGGCCAGCGUGAGCUGGUGACUGGCAGCAUGAAUGGCGACGUGAGGAUCUGGGAUGUGCGUGCUCCCGAUGUGCCGCUGUACGAACACACGGUCCAGCCCCAAGGUCUCCAGGCGUUGGCCGUCCACUCUGGCGCACCAGUGUUUGCCACGACCUCCGCACCCACACCCACGGCUACACGCCAGCGUCUCGUCGUGCAGGGCUUUUCGACCCCCGAGAAGCCCCGCCGCCUGUCCAACAUUGACAUUGCCCUCGCGCCCGCUUAUGGCGGACCGUACGGCGGACCCUCGCGUGCGGGCUUCAUGCCCAGCGCCGCGUCCCUCGUGUUCCACCCCGUCGAAAUGGUCCUGGCGGCCGGCGGCUACGACUCGUCCGGCAACGUCCGCUUGUUCAGGUGCAAGACCCCCACCGGGCCAAUGUACGACGCCGACGCGGCCGGCACAGGCGCAGGCGCAGGCGCGAAUGGGAGCAACGGCAUCGUCAACAGCUAUGCCCAUUAG